GUGCUGCGUUCACGGCCCCGCGAGUAAGUAAAAACUCCUGCGAUCAGAGCAAUGCGCUCUCUCGAUUAAGAAAUGCGCUGCUGAAUUGAUAAAUACGCUCACCAGGGUAUUUGGUACGCUCAUCAAGUUCGAGACCCAGGGCUGCACAAGAUGAAGACUGUCCGGGUUGUGGUUGUGGGAGCUGGUGUGGUUGGGUUGUCUACCGCUGUUUGCAUCGCAGAGACCCUUCCUUUCUGUUCUGUCACUCUGGUGGCUGACAAGUUCAGUCCGGACACCACCAGUGAUGGAGCUGCAGGGAUCUUGUUCGCUGCAGAAUUUCCAAAUAUUCCCCUGGAAAGACAAAGACGCUGGUUCAAGGACAGUUUUGAUCAUCUUUUGGCCAUUGCUCAAUCUCAGGAAUCACCAGAAGCUGGAGUAAUGCUGAGUUCUGGCUGGCAGAUUUUUAAGGAGGUUCCAGCUAAUCAGACUCCCUUCUGGUCAGACUUGGUGAUUGGCUUUCGAGUCAUGACUGAUGGUGAAUUGAGACGUUUCCCAGAUCACAAAUUUGGCCAGGCGUUCACUACUAUUAAAUGUGAAUGCUCCAGUUACCUCCCAUGGCUUGAGAAGAGGUUCAGAAAAGCUGGAGGCCAGGUGGAACAGAAGAAAGUCAACAGUCUGCAGGAAUUAAGUACCACUUUUGACCUCAUUGUCAACUGCUCUGGUCUGGGCUCUAAAAUAUUGGUGGGUGACUCCCAAGUGUACCCAGUUAGAGGUCAGGUACUCAAAGUGGAGGCACCCUGGUUGCAGCACUUUAUCAGAGACGGCGAUGGGAAGACGUACAUCUACCCCGGUAUACACAGCGUCACUGUCGGCGGGACGAGACAGGAGGGAGACUGGAGGCUGCAGGUGGACCGAGGAGACAGUAAAGGCAUCCUGGAGCGCUGCAGCAGGCUGGAGCCGUCGCUGAGCAAAGCCAAAGUUCUCAGCGAGUGGGUCGGUCUGAGGCCGAGCAGGAGGAACCCGAGGGUGGAGAAGGAGCUGGUGCAGCUGCAGGGCCGUCAAGUGCCUGUGGUCCACAACUACGGCCACGGAGGCUGGGGAAUCACCCUCGCCUGGGGUACCGCCGUGGAUUCCCUGGGGCUGGUCAGGCAGUGUCUUCAGAAAACACCUCUACAAGCUAAACUAUGAAAAUAUUCAGACUGAAGCCUGAUUUUACUCCCGACCAUCAGCACUUACAUUACAUACCACAACACAGUUGUAACAUAUUAACUUACUGCAAUUAUUUAUUAACAGAUAUCAUAAACACAGCUGUUAAAGAUAUCUAUUUCUACUGAAAAAACAAAAUAAUUUAACUAAAGAAAAGAAAUAUUUAAUAAUUUAAGACAAAAACAGAUUAACCACCUGGUUUGUAUUUUUACAAUGAUGUAUAAAAGGAACUUUAUUAAUUAAAUUUAUUAAAAAUACACAAUUUACUUUAAAGAAAUCUGAUUCUACUUGCAAACUCAGCUGUGCUUUAUAUGGAUCAUUUUAAUUCUAAUAAUAUCUGUUAAUUUAGUUCUUUUUGAUGGAGACAUUUUGACAUUUUCCCAACAUCUGCAAUGACCCUAAAGUUAAAACUCAGCUUAUAUUGAACAGUGAAAAUGUUAAGCCAUUGUAAAUCCAGCAAUGAGUCCGUUAACAGUGAGCGUUUUGCUUUGAUUCAAUAAGAAGUCGCUGCUGCAGCUUGUGCAACUGUUGGACUCUGGUCAGGUUUACUGCAGUCACUUUCCUCAACAGACUAGAUCCAGCUGAACAGCGAGCACUCAAACGUUUACCAUGCUGUUGGAAAAUAGGCUGUACAUUAACUAGAUUUAACUGUGUUCAUGUUUUUACCUCAGUUGAAAUGUUAUUUACAAAAAACUACAAUAUUUCU